AUGCACUGGGCGGCCGGCUGCCUGUACUGGAGCGACGUGACGCGCCUGGGCUCGGCGCUGCGGCGCGCGUGCGGGGCGCCGCCCGGCCCGCCGCAGCUGCUGCACGGCGCCACGCUGCAGAACCCCGACGGGCUGGCCGUGGACUGGGUGGGCGGCAACCUGUACUGGUGCGACAAGGGCACGGACACGCUGGAGGCGUCGCGCCUGGACGGGCGGCACCGGCGCGUGCUGCUGCGCGGCGGCCUGAGCGAGCCGCGCGCGCUGGCGCUGCUGCCGGCGCGCGGCCUGCUGUACUGGUCGGACUGGGGCGCCGCGCCGCACAUCGGCCGCGCCGGCAUGGACGGCUCGGCGCGCACCGUGCUCAUCGGCGCCGGCCUCUACUGGCCCAACGCGCUCACGCUGUCGCCCGCCUCCAACGAGCUGUACUUCGCGGACGCGCGCGAGGACUACAUCGCCGUGGCCGACCUGGACGGCAACAACGUGCGCGUGCUGUUCUCGCGAGAGAGCAUGCCGUGGCUGCGGCUGCACCACGUGUUCGCGCUGGCGGUGUGGGACGGGCGCGUGUACUGGUCGGACUGGGAGACGCGCGGCGUGGAGAGCUGCCUGCGCCGGCCGCGCUCAGUCAGCGGCGGCAACAGCUCGGCGGCGGGCGGCGCCUACGACUGCCGCACGCUGGUGCACACCAUCCACAAGCCCAUGGACCUGCGCGUGCACCACUCCGCGCGGCAGCCGCCCGUGCCCGAGCUGUCGGCGCUGUGCGCGUCGCUGAACUGCUCGGGGCUGUGCCUGCUGACGCCGGACGCGGGCGCGGGGCCGGGUGCACGCUGUGCUUGCCCCGAGCACUGGGUGCUGGGCGCGGACGGCCGCUCGUGCUCGCCCAACUGCACCUCCGCGCACUUCGUGUGCGCCGCCGCGCUCAAGUGCAUCCCCUUCUGGUGGCGCUGCGACACGCAGGACGACUGCGGCGACGCCAGCGACGAGCCCGCCUCCUGCCCGCCCUUCCGCUGCGAGCCCGGCCAGUUCCAGUGCGACAGCGGGCGCUGCGUGCACCCCUCGCACAUCUGCGACGGCACGCCGCACUGCGCCGACGCCAGCGACGAGCGCGACUGCGAGCACUUCACGUGCCUGGCGUCGCAGUGGAAGUGCCGCGGCAACAGCACCGCGCGCGUGGCGGCGCGCUGCGUGCCCGGCGCCGCGCGCUGCGACGGCCGCCGCGACUGCCACGACGCCGACGACGAGGCCGACUGCCCGCCGCGCACCUGCCCGCCGCACCACUUCACGUGCGCUAACGGCGCGUGCGUGCCGCUGGUGUGGGUGUGCGACGCGGACUCGGACUGCGGCGACGGCUCGGACGAGGGCGCCGCCUGCGCCUCGCGCACGUGCGGCGCGGGCGAGUUCCGCUGCGGCUCGGGGCGCUGCGUGCCGCGCGAGUGGCUGUGCGACGCCGAGCCCGACUGCCCCGCGCGCGAGGACGAGGCGGCGUGCGGGGCCGCGCGCGCGCCGCCGCCCUGCGACCCCACCUACUUCCGCUGCCCCGACGGCCGCUGCGUGCCCGGCCGCUGGCGCUGCGACGGCGACGACGACUGCGGCGACGGCGCCGACGAGCUGGCGUGCGCGCCGCGCGCCUGCUCCGAGUCCGAGUGGCGCUGCGGCUCCGGCGAGUGCAUCCGCGCCGCGCUGCGCUGCUCCGGCGCGCCGGACUGCGCCGACGCCAGCGACGAGCGCGCCUGCGCCGCGGCCUGCGCGCCGGGCGCUCGCGCCUGCGCGCGCGCGGCCGUGCGUGCGCGCCGCCUGGUGGUGCGACGGCUCGCCCGACUGCCCGGACGGCAGCGACGAGGCGGCGUGGCGGCCGGCGGCGCGCGGCGGCUGGCGUGGCGGCGCGCGGCGGCGUGGCGCUGCGACGGGCGGCGCGACUGCGGCGGCGGCGCGGACGAGGCUCAGUGCGCGGGCGCGGCGUGCGCGCCGGGCAUGUUCCGCUGCGGCGACGACACGUGCCUGCCCGUGAACCUGGUGUGCGACGGCGUGGCGGACUGCGCGGGCGACGAGAGCCCCGCGCUGUGCGAGCGCCGGCGCUGGCUGGGCGAGGAGUCGGCGUGCCUGCCCGGCGAGAGCCUGUGCGACGACGGCCGCUGCGUGGCCGGCAACGCGUCGUGCUCGCUGGAGGGCGCGUGCGGCUGGGCGGCGUGCUCGCAGCUGUGCCUGGGCAAGCACGGCGCGCACACGUGCAAGUGCGUGCCCGGGUACCGACAGCGCCAGCUCGCGGACGGCUCGCUCACCUGUGAAGCGCUGGGCGACAAGCCACUAGUGGUGGUCGCGUGGGGCGGCGAGCUGCACGUGUGGGAGCCGCGCAAGCAGGGCGACGCGCCGGCCGACCCUCCCCCCGCGCCCCCCGCGUCCGCCCCCGCCCCCGCCGCGCCCGAGGUGACGUGCGCGGCGGGCGCGGCGGUGGGCGACGCGUGGUGGCUGGUGUGGGGCGACGCGGCGGGCCGCCUGCGCCGCGCCGACGUCACGCGCUACGUGCGCCCCGCCGACCCCGGCGCGCCGCCUGCGCUGCCGCUCUCCGCGCACCUGGAAGCCACCGCCGACGUGCUCGCGACGUCGGAGGGCGAGAUCCGCGGCGUGGCGCUGGACGCGGCGGCGCGGCGCGUGUACUGGAGCGCGACAGACGCGACGGGCGGGGCACUGCUGGUGGCGGCGCCGGACGGGCGUCGCGCCACGCUGCUGCGGCGCGCGGGGCUGGAGCCGGGCGCGCUGGUGCUGGCGGCGCGCACGCUGUACUGGGCGGAGCGCGGCGCGCGGCCCGGCGUGCACGCGCUGGGCGCGGCGGGCGGCGCGGCGCGCUGGCUGGUGCGGCGGCGCGUGCGGCGCGUGUCGGCGCUGGCGCUGGACGCGGCGGCGGCGCGGCUGUACUUCGUGGACGCGUACUACGACACGCUGGACAGCGUGCGGCUGGACGGCUCGCAGCGCGUCACGCUGCUCGCCUUCCAGCGCCCCGACUCGCCGCCGCCGCAGCCCACGCUCUAUGUGGACGGAGAGAUGCGCGCCACGGGAGCUACGCGCGCGGUGGCGGAGGUGUCGGCGCGCGCGUGCGUGGCGCUCGGCGUGUGGGAGGACAGCCUGCUGUGCGCCUCGCCGCGCGCGCUGCUGCGCCUGCACAAGCGCGCGCCCCGCCCCGCGCGCCCCGCCCGCCCCGCGCCCCGUCUGCUCACCGCGCUGGCGCUGCUGCCCCGCGCGCCCGCGCCGCCCGACGCCUGCGCCGCCGCCUGCCGCGCCAGCGCGCUCUGCGUCAGCAGCCCCGAGCCGCGCGGCCUCGCCUGCCUGUGCCCCGACGGCCUGCUGCCCGCCGACCCCGCCGCGCCGCCCGAGGAGCGCGAGUGCGUCCCGGCGCACGGAGUGGGCGCGAACACGAGUGCGGCGGGUGGGGCGACUGGGGUGGCAGGCUCAUGCACGCUGCAGUGCGGCGCGGGCGCGUGCGAGGAGCGCGCGGGGGCGGCGCGGUGCCGCUGUCCGCCGCAGUUCGCGGGCGAGCGCUGCCAGCACUACCGCUGCGCGCAGCACUGCCACCGCCGCGGCCGCUGCGAGCUGGCGGAGCCGACGCAGCCUGCCACCGCGGACGCACUGCCGCCACUUAAAUGCGUGUGCCAGGCGGGCUACACCGGCGAGCGCUGCGAGCGGCCCGCGGCGCCGGGCGCGUGCGCGACGCUGGCGUGCCUGCACAACGCCACGUGCGCGCUGCGCGACGGCCGCGCCGCGUGCGAGUGUGCGCCGCACUACGCCGGCGAGCGCUGCGAGCGCUGCCUGCCCGGCGCCGACUGCGCCCCCGACGACAUCUGCCGCUUCUUCUGCCUCAACCAGGGCACGUGCAGCGUGUCGGCGGUGGGCGCGGUGUCGUGCGCGUGCCCGCCCGCCUGGAGCGGCGAGCGCUGCCAGCGCCCCGCCUGCGUGGACGCCGCCUGCGCCUCGCCCCCCGCGCCCCACCCGGCGCCCCACCCCGCGCCCCACCCCACGCCGACGCACAACCACACCGACGACCCAUGCGGCGCGGGCGCCUGCGCCAACGGCGGGCGCUGCGUGCGCAGUGCGGGCGCGUGGGGCGGCGCGGCGUGCGCGUGCGCGGGCGCGUGGGGCGGCGCGCGCUGCGGGCUGUACGUGGGGCACGACCACGCCUGCGCCGCGCGCGCCUGCGCCCCGCCCGCGCUCUGCGUGUGGGGGCCCGACCUGAGCCCCACCGAGCCCGGCGCCGUGUACUGCGCGUGCCUGGAGGGCGCCAGCUGCAGCACGCCGCACACGCCGGCGCCCCCGCUGGCGGGGCCCGCGGCCGCGGACAGCAGCGCGGGCGGCGCGUGGGCCGGCGCCGCGCUCGCCAUGCUGUCGCUGCUGGCUGCCGUGCUCACGGCGCUCUACUUAUUACACAGGAGGAGACGCGGCGCGUUCGUGCACGCGCGGCUGUCGGACAACGUGGAGAUCAACAACCCCAUGUACCUGGCGGGCGAGGACGAGCUGGAGCCGGCGCACGCGCACGCGCAGAACGGCGGCAGCCACUUCGCGAACCCGGUGUACGACAGCAUGUACGCGGCGCCGCAGCACGCCGAGGAGCACGCCAACCUGCUGGGCGCGCGCGCCGCCGACGCCGCGCUGCUGUGAGCGCCGCCGAGCGCAGCCCGCGCCGCCGCGCCGGGGACUGCACGCGAUAACGACGCUACACUCACAUACUAAAUGACAUUGAGCAGUGCGAGCGAACCUGGCAUUUGAACGAGACUCCAUCAAGUAGCGAGCAGCGCGAAAGCGUCGCAUUCAAUUCUGGUUUUGACAAAAAGAAAAAAAUAACUAAUUAAGUGACCGGUGUCCGCUAGACGGACCACACCUUUUUUGCUGUCGUAGCAAUUGGUGACUCGCCAUGUGUACAAUGACACUAAUUAGAAUCUCAUUAAAUAAAUAUAGUUUGUAAGUAUAAUUAUGAUAACGUGAGUGGCGCCGUGUGCACCCGGUGCACGACGACACGUCGCGUACUAUGAGGAUCAGUUACGUUGUAAAUUGCUGAUAUGCUGUAUCUACUCUUGCCUCUUGACAAGUACAUCUAUGUCAAACUUUCUACUGAUAAACUUUUGCUGAACAAUUCAUUAUAAUAUGUACCUACGUGUAAAUAAGUUAGUAACUCGCUACAAAAAUAAAUAACUUGUGCCAUAUAGAUGUUGUAUCCACGAGACAAACAGCAGCACAGAUCAUAAUAUUACACCCCAACAUAAAGGUUCAUCUUAACAAUGUAUCUAGUACAAGCCUACUGUGUAGUGUUGAAACAUUGUUGCUUCAUGUUUUAGCAUUAUCAUGUUUAGAUUAUUCAUUUGAGUUGUUUGCUCCUGAAGUGUUAAAGCUCUAAAGUCCAAAUGUGUAUUAUGUUUCAACUAUUUGCUUGAAUAUAAUCAUCAAGUGACGCAACGAGGUCACUCGGCUGUACACGAUCAAAUUAAUUGUCUAACGAACAAUGUACCUACUCGACAUUUUGAAGUGCAUCAUUGUAUUUAUUUACUGCGAAUAUACAUAUUUACUUACUUAUAGUUAAGAGUACAAGUAACAUGGCCAGUUUAGUUUGUAAGUGAAAUAAAUGAGCAGCAGUUUGGCGUUGAACUUGAGCAACUAUUAUAUCAUCGGCAGCUUCUUGACCUUGCGUUGUGCAACUAAUGUGAUGUUUCUGUAUUUUUUUACUUUUAUGAUUAUUUUAAGUUACAAAUGACGGUCAGCCAUCAGGCAGCUAAUAAGCGGUUUGAAUAUACAUUCAUAAACAAUAACGUUUGCUAAGUGAAGUUCAGUUUGACAUAAGCUUAGGGACCUUGUGCCAAAUUAUGUGUACACCGCAGUGUGCGGCUAUUAUUGCUUUAUAUUGAUUUGCUCAAAUUAAAUGCGCAUUUUUGUGUGUUGGUUGCGCGAUAUUAUUCAAACAAACGGAAAACAUAUCAAAAGAGAUUAUCUAUCAAGUACAAUUAUAAUGUUUAGUUUUAGUAUAAACAAUGUAUUCGUUAUUGUUCAUCAUCACAAUACUACGAUGUCUGCUAUCUGUUUUGUAGAAGUAGAUAAUAGUUGUAAUUUUAUUAGUUUUAAGUAAAUAACGUGAAAAUAAAUAAUAAUGUGACUCAA